GAGUCUUUCAGCCCGCUAGGCUCGUGGGGAGCUCAGAUAAUUCACUGGCGAUUCAGAUAAUUCACUGGCGAUUGAGCCUCGAGCCUCCAGAGCUCGCGGGUUUACUACGUCGACAGCAUUUGGAGACCUCGAGGGUGAUAAGCGCACCACAGGAUGAUCGCGCGGGCCCUCCGCAAAGCCGCGCCGCGCGCAGCUGUUAUCGCGGCGCCGCGACGGGGCCUCGGAGCACUGCGCGCGCGGCUUGCGGACUUGGUUGAGGAUCGUGGCGAGACGGAGGUGCUCCAGUACGGCGCGAUGAAGUGGACCGUGCGCGACGCGAAGCGCUACGGCGACGGUCUGGCGCGCGGGCUCGCGGAGUUCGGCGUCCAGGCGGGCGACGCCGUCGCGAGCCUGCUUUCUCCGGACGCGCCCGAGCAGCACUGCAUCGAACUGGCGGCCGCCGUGUCCGGCGUCGUGAGCUGCCGGGUGGACGCGGCGCUGGGCGCCCGUGGCGUCCGGGACGCGCUGAACGAGGCCGAGGCCCGCGUCGUCGUGCACGACGGCUCGGACGAGCAGCUCGAGCUGCUCCGCGAGGCGGUGCCCGGGUUCGGCGGCUACGCGUCGCGGACCGCCCGGGCCUUCUUCUCGCCGGCGGUGCCCUCGCUCAAGUGUUUUGUGUCCACGGCGUUGGACAUGCAGCCCGCCUCGCACAACUACCAGCACCUUCUGGCCCUCGACGCGCGGCCGCUUGAACUACCGCCGCUCGCCGACGACGCGCCCCUCGCGCGCGUGUUCGGCGACGGCGCUACACAAUCCUGGACGCACCGGGAGGCCGCCGAGGCGGGCGCGCUCCCGGCGCUCGCCGCCGUCCUGCACCUGCGCCCGACGCGCUUCGACGCGAGCGCGACGGGCCUGACGGAGCGCGUCGGCAUCCUCAACCCCCGCUUCUAGAAACUGCCUACAUACCCCUUACGAGCUUCGCGCCCCCGUCCGCAAGGCGACGCCCUCGUCAGCUCCGGAGCGACU